UUAUUUUUAUAAAAUCUUUUCGAGGGUAGUUUUUACAUAUUAAGUGUUCAAAAGUUGUAUUUGUUAGAAGUGUACCUACGUCUGAUAUGGAAAAAAUAAUAGCAGAUAUUUUUCUAGUUAUAUAUUGAAGUGAUAUUAAUCAUAUAAAGUAAGUCUCCAAUUCUCCUGUUCUCAUAAAAUGAUUAUUUGAUUAUAAAAUGGCGUUUUCAUUACGUAAAAUGCUAACAAAUAUCAAUUAUUUCAAAAAGUCCGAUAAUGAAAGUGAAGAUACGAGAAAACAAGAUAUAGAGGAAGUGAAUUACAUAAACACUGAACCGGAUUCCACAGUACGUCAGUGCUCAAGUCUAAACAUACCUGAUUCCGUGAAAAAGUUCACCGCUAAAAAAAGUUCUUUGUCAGACACGGACCUCCUUACAUUAAACGUUGAUAGUCCUAUCAGGCACAAACAUAAAAGAUGUAAAAAAUUAAAACUGGACAUUAAAAAAGCGAGUCAAUCGUUAAAUGAAAAAUUAAAUCAAGAAGACGAAAACAGUUGCGAAUCUAACAUCGAAAACACACCUAAACAUAUAUUACUUGAAUGUGCAACUUCAGAAUUCAAUAAUAAACUAAAAGGAUUCGAUUUUAGUAAAGAAUAUGAUAUUUACGAUGGUACAUCAGACGAUCAGUGGUCAAAUCCUUUCGAAGAAGAAAACAUCGAUAUAGAAUCAUUCUCAGAGCAUUCGGACAGUGAUAUAUCUAUCAGUAAUAAAAAGAAAUCAAUAAAAAUGUGCCGUAAAGUACAAUCAACGCGUAGCGAAUCAUCCAGCGAUGAGAAUCAACAUCCGUCAACACCUGAAUCAUUCGGUGAUUUAGAAAUGGAUAAAAGCGAAGUUGAAAGAUUAAAUUUACUAUACAACUAUCAAACAAAACUUGAAAAGGUACAAAAUCUAUUAAAAGAUAUGCUAAACGAGUUCCAAUUUCAUAUAGAAGUAUCCAAAAUCUUCAAUACACGAGUACCCGAAGAAGAAACUGAUUCUAAUAACACUGAAUUCAGGAAACCCAGUCCGACGGACUCUUGGAGUGUUAUACUCGAUAAAGAAGAUGGCGACACGAAAACAUCAGUCAAAAAACAACUAGAAUCAAUCAAAAAAUCAAUAGAACAAUUCAUAAAUAUAUAUUUAAAAAAUUACGAUAAUAAAGAUAUAAUAAAAAAAUGUAAAAAUUACAUACCACGCAACGAAAGCAUAUCAAGACGUGUUAAUAAAAAGAAGAAUAAACACUACGAUUUUCCAGAUUUAAGAGAUGCAUUGAUUAAUCUAUUCAAUACCGAUUUGAAUACAUCAAGUGCGAGUGAUACCGAUGAUUCCUUAUCAACGAAAUGUAGCUGUUCCUGUCAUCAUGAGACAUCAUCGCAUACGGAUUCAGGUUUGAAUAGUAAAGUAGAUCAAUCAUCAAAUCAAUCGAUCACAUCGUCUAUUGGUAAUUUUACUUUAGAUGCAUCAACAUUAACAGCUUAUUCCGAAUCUCUAGAACAAAUUGUUAGUUAUAAUAGUUUCGAAGAUAGUAUAUACAGUUCAUUGUUACAUAAAUCAGCAAUAGAACGUAUAACAUUUUAUAUACAAGUACAUAAUAUAGAAGUUAAAUAUGAAAUUACCGAUGAUGAUAGUAAAAAUAACAUUAUAUUCCAUUGUCAAUCAUGUAAAUCAAUUGAAUUCAAUGAAAAUGAUCUUAUAAAACAUAUAUUGUGUCAAAUGCAUUGUGAGAAAUUACAUUUUCAAUAUAAAACUGCAUAUAUAAAAAAAUGCAUGUCCGAAGGUAAAGAAAUUCAACCGAGUACAGUUUUAAAUUCUAUGAAAAUGUACAGGGAUGAUAAUAAGAUUGUGUGCUUUGGUAAUGCUGUUUAUGCGUGUUCUUUAUGCUUUCAAAAUGAUAUUAUCGGUGAGUCAGUGUUAAUGAUGCAUUGUGCUGCUAAAGAACAUGUUGAGAAACGUGAAAAACUUAAUUGUAUAGAUUGAAACCAUCAUCAGGUCGCUAUAUGUCACUACUGAGGGUCUCGGAGUAUAUAAGUGAGAGUAUGUGAUAGUGAAUGCCGGUCCAGUGCAAGACUUGGCACAAUUUUCGUAGAGCAUGUAAGCAUGUUAUAUAUACGCUUAAAACAACAAAAUGUACUUUAUAAAGACACUCUGAUAUUUUUCCAUUUUUAAAAUUUU